AUGGGCAGUUACAUUUCUGUAUCAUCUCUGAAACGUCAUGUCGAGUCUUCCGGGAUGUUCCAUCAUCUGGUGGUGGUCUAUAGCGUGAGUUUGCUGCGAAUUCUAGCAAUGAUCAAGUGGUUCGAAUGGAUUACGACCAAGAAGCAGCAGAUCAAUCGAGACAAGCGGGUGCAACUUACUCACGAGCAGAUGAGAUCUAUCUACUACCGCAUCUUGUGGCUGGUGGUGCCGACCGAAUGCAUCUCCUUCUGGUUUGCGCAGCGGACUGCUGUGUCUGUACAAGGCAGCGUAGAUUGGCAAUCAUUCCUUGUUGAGUACGCCACGUUCAUUCCCAAGUCUCUUCUUUUUGAGGUCAUUUUUGACUUCUUUCACUUCACGAUGCACUGGGUUUGCCACUACAGCACGUGGCUCUACCGAAAUGUGCAUAAGCGCCACCAUCUGCAUCUUCACCCGUGCCCUUUGUCGACGUAUGAGCAAGACGGCUUCGAUUUGUGCCUCACAAACGUGCUGCCGUUUUGUCUCGCGUGGAGUCUUGGCUCGUUCUCAGAUCUCCAGCUGCACCUACUUUUUGCCUACAAGACGUACGUGGAAGUUGCCGGUCACUCUGGUUUGGACAUCAAAGGCUUUUCGUUUCCGCAAAUGCCACUGGUGAAUAGCGCCACAAGCCUUUGUCUACGAGUACAUGAUCAUGACGUUCAUCACACGCACCCACGCUGGAAUUUUGCCAAGCGGUUUUCACUUUGGGACAAGCUUUUUCGCACCUACCGCCCGGGCAAAUAA